AACACUACUAUAUAACAAAUAAUUUGAGACUAAAUGGAAGAUUACAAGAUAUGAUGGACUAUGGAAAAGGAAGAUGAAAAACCUGUUAAGAAGCAGUCUUUAUUGAAUUGUAUUUAUGAAGAGAUUGUGAGAGGGUCUGCUGUUAGUGAGGAUGAUGCAAACUAUUUAAUAAAAGAACAACGUAUCAUAACAUUUCUUAGUAUACCAUGGGAGCUGGAGAAAGUUCUAUAUUUAGGUUAUCUGGUUUGUUUGGAUGCAUUCUUGUUUCUCUUCACAUUCCUUCCUAUUCGCACUGUUUGUGCAGCGGUUAAGAUACUCUUCUGGGUCCUCAAGAAGUUCCUUUUCUUGGAUACUCCUCCUAUUGAUAAGGGGCACAUAUGUGAUAUAUUUAGGGUAGCAAUAAUGGGGGCUUGUAUCUGGAUCUUAUCCUGGGUGAACAUCUCCAUGCUCUACCACCUGAUUAGAGGACAGAGCGUUAUCAAGCUCUACUUUAUCUACAAUGUGCUAGAGAUAGUGGACUAUCUUUGUCUGUCUUUUGGUAGUGAUGUAAUGGAGGCGCUGUUUUGGUUGACGAUACGGAACAAGAGAAAGAAGCGGGAACAUGUGGGAGUGUUAUGGCACUGGGUGCUGGCCUGUAUUUACACUACUAUACACUCCAUGUGCUUCCUUAUUCAACUUAUCUGUCUUAGUGUGGCGAUUAACUCGCACAACAAGAGUUUACUCGUGGUAAUGACCUCUAAUCAGUAUAUGGAACUGAAGUCUUAUCUUUUUAAAAAGUUCGACUACAUGAACAACUACCAGAUAGUUGCGCGGGAUGUAAGAGAGAGGUUCUCCUAUACUGUGGUCCUUGUCAUGGUCUUCAUCAGAAACAUGUCCCAACUUGAAUGGGACACAGCCCAUAUGUGGGACAUAUUCCCUGAUGUAGCUGUGAUUGUUAUCAGUGAGAUACUGAUAGACUGGAUCAAACACGCUUUCGUUACUAAGUUUAACGGAAUACCUGUGGAAACAUACAACGAUUACAGGUACCAGCUGUAUGACGACCUACUGAACCCCCAGCACUUUAAACAGACCUUCAGUAACAGGAUGGACCUCAUGGCGAGGAAGAUACUAUUUAUUGCAAUGCCACUUGCCUGCCUUACUGUUACUGUCUUAUUAGAGGUGAUCCCAGAUGAUUUAGAGCUGGAAACCCACGAGUAUCUGAAGUACGGAGCUAUAACCAUAGUGACACUCUUCAUUGUAAAGAUAAUAAACAUGGGACUCAUACUGAGGAAUGCUGAGCAGUUACGAAAAGAGCGCCCAAUCUACUCCACCCCAGUUAUACCUCCCAUAAGGAAUGUAAAUUCCUCAGUUAAACUGCCUACCUUCCCUCCCUCUACCCCUACUACCCCCCUGCUCACUCCUACAGAUCCCCUCGCUGCUAGCUCCCUCUCUACUAUUGACGAGACUGCUACUAGUUCUACUACUAGCUCAGUAGAGCUAGUUACCCUCACUCCCUCCCGUUCUGCUCCAGAUUUAACCUCACUUGAACCUCCUUCCCCCUCUAACCUCUCCCCCUCUACUCCCUCACCCUCCAACCUCUCUCCUUCUCCAGAAGUGUUCUACAGGAACACCUCCGCAGACUCACAUUCCAACCAUUCCAGGGGCUCCCCUGAGUCUAGUACCUCUGUCAGUUUGCCCACCCUGGAUUCCCCCGAUGGUAUUGAGAAUGAACCUCCGCUUGAGAAUGUGAGGAACUUGAACUCUAAUGAGAAUAUGGGAGAAGGACUCAGAAAGAGAACAGCAGUGAGUUUUGAAGAUCAGUAAUAAGCUGGUUUUUAACUUAUUAGGUUUAAACGUUGUUGAUUGAAGAAUGAAGAGGGAUACACGCGAGUGGUAAUUUUUAUGUCAGUUUGAAUUUGAUUGAAAGACGGAAAGAAAUACUAUUGUAUGGUUGUUGGACGGAGGAAAUAUUUUAAAAUGUUGAACUAGUUGGAACUAGUUACUACUACUAGUUACUAGUUACUAGUUACUAGUAACUAGUAACUAGUAACUACUACUAGGAACGUCUAAUGAUCAACAGUACCGUUUAAUUCUGAUUAACUUUUUGGUAGAAAGAGAAAAGGAUGGGAAUAUUAUGUAUUUAUUCUACUUGAUAUCAUUUUUGAUUAGGAAUUUAAAUCAUAUCUUAGAUAAUUAUUUGAACUCUUUAUAAGUUAAUCUCUACAUAAACUCUUAAUAAAGUUGCCUGUGUUCACUUUGAACAAGUGAUUACUAUCUUAGCUGUUUAUUACAGCUGCUUUAUACAUAUAAUAAUAAUUGCAUAUAAAUCUUCUGUUCUUCUGUUAUCUUGAAGUAACUUUCAUAAUUGAAGUAAUUUUCAGUUCAGUAUUUAUAAAGUUGUAAGUUGUGUUGUGUUACUUUUAUUCGUAGCUCUUGUUGGGUUGUUUUAGCUUCUUUUUUUUCAGUUCCUGUUUUUUUUCUAACUUUUUGAGUAUUCACAAAACAGCUUUCAACUGAAG